UUUCUUUGCCCUGUUUAUUUUGUUUUUCAGGCAGAUGCGGAUAAAACAAUGUCUGCCAACCUCAAAUACCUUUCCUUGGGGAUCCUGGUCUUCCAGACGACCAGCCUGGUGCUGACGAUGCGCUACUCCAGGACUUUCAAGGAGGAGGGGCCACGGUACCUGUCCUCCACGGCUGUGGUGGUGGCGGAGAUUCUGAAGAUAAUGGCCUGCGUUCUGCUAGUCUACAAAGACAGCCAAUGUAGUCUGAGAGCACUGAAUCGAAUCCUGCGGGAUGAGAUCCUUAACAAGCCUAUGGAAACGAUCAAGCUUGCUAUUCCAUCCGGGAUAUACACUCUUCAGAACAACCUGCUCUACGUGGCGCUGUCCAAUCUCGACGCAGCCACCUACCAGGUCACGUAUCAGUUGAAGAUCCUGACUACGGCGCUGUUCUCCGUGUCUAUGCUGGGUAAAAAGCUGGGUGUGUACCAGUGGCUCUCCCUGGUGAUUCUGAUGGCCGGAGUGGCUUUUGUGCAGUGGCCCUCGGAUACCCAGGAGCUGGACUCGAAGGCGCUCUCGGCCGGCUCGCAGUUCGUGGGCCUCAUGGCCGUCCUCACGGCCUGCUUUUCCAGUGGCUUCGCUGGGGUGUACUUCGAGAAAAUCUUAAAAGAAACCAAGCAGUCGGUGUGGAUCAGAAACAUUCAGCUGGGCUUCUUCGGGAGCGUGUUUGGCUUGAUGGGCGUGUACGUGUACGACGGGGAGCUGGUGUCACAGAACGGGUUUUUCCAGGGCUACAACCGGCUGACCUGGGCAGUUGUUGCUCUUCAGGCACUGGGCGGCCUUGUCAUAGCAGCUGUUAUAAAAUAUGCGGAUAAUAUUUUAAAAGGAUUUGCAACCUCUUUAUCCAUAAUAUUAUCGACACUGAUAUCCUACUUCUGGCUACAAGAUUUCGUGCCCACCAGUGUCUUCUUCCUGGGAGCCAUCCUUGUAAUAGCAGCUACUUUCCUAUACGGCUACGACCCCAAGCCUGCAGGCAACCCCACCAAAGCAUAGGGGGCGCUGCUCUCAGGGCUCGCAGGGCUCCCGGCUCGCUCGCGGGAACCGCAGGACUGCUCAGGGCCCAGGGCGGUGUCGCCGCUCUUCACACUGUCCAGGUGGUUGGAAAACAUGAAUGUGCAGCUCAGGUCUGUCUGUGUGACAGCAGGCCUGUCGCCUCUAGAAAUCCAAGCUUGAGGGGUUGCCGGGCUCAGACUCACUGCGGGGACCGGAGAUGUGCGUCUGGGGGACCUGGCCGUUGGGACCGCCGCAGGGAUGGCCUGUGCACGCGCUGCAAGAGCGCACGCAGCGGGCGUCAGCGGUCAUGUCUGCGGACGAGCUACUUCAUUCUCUUCGGUGUCUCACCCUCCAUGCAGGUCAGCAAGCCAAUGGCAUAGUCAGAGUUUGGCGGUUAGGAUUAUUGCCUGUAAAGCUGUGCAGAAAUAGAAGUAUGGCCUGAGAAACUUUUUCACGGACUCGAGAUUUCUAUAUUUAUACAAAAGAUUGGUAAACAAAAGAUCGCUAACUGUUAUUCAGCUACAUAAAAGCUGGUGACGUACCAUUCUGGGUCUGGCUUGUCAGAGAGUGAAGUGCAGAGUCCACGUUCACAUUCCACGUAGAGAAACACACAUUUCUCCACCUGCCCGUCAGGUCUCAGCGCCUCGAAAGCAUCCCUGCCCGUGCGGGUGGCACUGGGCACUGGGCGCUAGUGGAGCUGUCCUCCCCUUCCUGCUUCUUUUCUGUAAAUCACAUCGUCUUUAGUGGUGCUUUAAAUUAAUUCCUGUGUGUUCCAUUAAAGUUUUAAUACGUAAUUUAAAGGGAUGAAAAACUCAUUUAUUAACUUACAAUAAAAUAAUUCUUGUCUAAUAUCUCCA